AUUCUUCAAUUGAAGUUAAAAAACGGGGUUUCUCACAAUCUAAAAAUGAUAUUCAGGCUUUAGAAUUUCAGCCAUAUCCUCCAAAAGAUCAUGGAACUUUACUGUCGCCACUACAACAUUAUCAUCCACAACAUCCGACCCAGCGAUCUUGA